AUGUCGCUUUCAGCUUCCAACGGCAGCGAUCUUCCUGUUCCGCUUGUCACCGGCGAGCCGAGUCUGAAACGGAGCAGAAGUCCAACAGAAUCAGAGGAUUCCGACCAACUGGCGAUCGAUGAGCGCUCCAAAAUCGCCAAACUAACGGAGACAAACGUCUCGUCCAACUCUAGCUCGGAGUCGGAGGACGAAUCUGACCUGGACGACUUCAUGUACGACGAACUGGCUUUGAAAGAGUUUCAGUUUGAGGACUCGGAUCUGCCGGAGAUCUCUUUCGACAAACUAGACUACUUUGAUCAGGAUCCUAUCCCACCCCUUAAAGAUAUCAAGAUCACAAAGAACGUGUGUUCGUACGUUCGAAACUUCUUGAAAACGCGCGGAUUUGUUGAGUUCCUGGAGAAGACCAUCCCUGUUGACCCAAGUCCAGACGACAUCCUCUAUGUGACCAAUAUGCUAGGCUACACCCCCAGAUACCAUAAUAGAUUUUUCAAGAACGAGCAUCAGAUCGACGAAUUUAUGCAAAAAUGCAUUCUGUUCCUCCAGAAAGCCAUGAACAGGGUUCUGAAGAUGCGCACACGACUCCCAAGCUUCCACAAAAUAGAACAUCUGGUGGAGGCGCUCGAAAAGGCUGAAAACGUCCUGGUACUCACUGGAGCUGGUAUUUCCACCUCGUUGGGUAUCCCAGACUUCCGUUCGUCGCAAGGUUUCUAUUCUCGCAUGAAACAUCUGGGACUAGAGGAUCCUCAGGACGUGUUUAGCCUGGACGUUUUCAAAAGGUCGCCGGAGGUGUUCUACUCCAUCGCUCACAUGAUCCUGCCACCCGAUCUUGCUUUUACGCCGCUACACGGGUUCAUCAAGCUGCUCCAAGACAAAAACAAGCUUCUCCGCAACUACACACAGAACAUCGACAAUUUGGAGGCCAAUGCGGGCGUACUUAAGGAAAAGCUUGUGCAGUGUCACGGUUCUUUUGCUACGGCCAGCUGCAUCACCUGCAAAUACAAAGUUCCUGGAGAAACGCUGUUUGGACACCUUCGUCGACAGGAAAUCGCGUACUGUCCGUUCUGUCAGCCGGAGCGGAAAGUGCUGUUGGCCAAGGUUGACAAGAUGGAGGAAGAAGGCACCUAUUCGCGUCGAUACGAGUAUGCCAAUUCUUUUGGGGUGAUGAAGCCAGAUAUCACAUUUUUUGGAGAAGAUCUGCCCGAAUUGUUCCAUAGCACAAUCAAGACCGACAUCGACAAGUGUGAUUUGCUGAUCUGCAUUGGAACGUCGCUGAAAGUUGCUCCUGUGAGUGAGAUUGUGAAUCUUGUUCCAAACUCUGUGCCACAGAUCCUGAUCAAUAAAGAUCCAAUCAACCAUGCCGAGUUUGACAUCGAUAUCUUGGGAUAUUGCGACCAGGCGAUCACCUGGCUAACGGGCAAGCGGCUAGGAUGGGAGAUCAAGCACAAGGACUUUGACAAGAUCCUAAACUCUGGUCUCGAGAUAGACAUGACUGAUGAAGCAGCGGGUCUCUACAUAGUCACCGACGAGAAGCAGCGCGAGGCUAUCCGGAAGGAAGCGGAAGUGGAGCAACUACGAGAAGAGAAGGAAAAACAGCAAGAUGGUGAUGACGCUGCAGGGGAAGAAACGUCAAAUUUGUGA